AUGGUGCUUUGUCAAGGGAACGCGGCCAGCCAAAGCACCCCAACCCUGCUGGGCCAGCUGCAGGGCACAGAUGCACCCCCCCGGCCUCCACCUCCAGGGAAUGCCCUCGAGCCCGCCGCCGUGUCCCCUGCACACUCCGGCGUCUCUUAUCAAGGUCUCUGCGCCGAGCAGGCCUCUGGGGACGGGCUUCUGGCAAACUCCAGCCGGGGACCCUGGACCCUGCCCGGACUCAAGCCCAGCAGCCCCAAGCCCUGCAGCACCCACCGCGCACCUGGGGGGGGGGGGGAGAGGGAGGGAGGGAGGAGGGCGACCGCAAGGAACCGGGCCAGCUGUGGGGAGGCGCUCGACUCCCGGGGGGACGCGGGGUUCCCUCCCGAGGACGCUCCGGGUCUCCCCGGGAGAUGCCGACCCUGCCCCACAGACGUCCUUGCCUUCUGCGCGCCUGCUCCGUCCUCCUUCCCCGCGUGUCCCCCGGGCAGGGAGCCGGCGGCCGAGGCGGGCGCUCACGGCGCCCCGGGUCCCUGGGGCCGCGGAGGGGGCCCGGCGGCGGCUCAGGUGGGCACCGCGGGGCGCCGCUGGCCCCGUGCCCGGCGGGGGGGGGGGGCGGCCGGGGACUUGGAGCCGCCCCACCCGGGGUCGCCGCCCGGCCCGCCGCCUCGCCCCGGGAAUCGUCGCCAAACUUUCCCGGGCUCGCUCGGUCCCCGGGGCCGCGGGUCGCCCCCCGCCCCCCCGAGCCCCGCGCCCCGGGUCGCGGCGGGACGGUCGCUUCACCUGCGCGCGGCUCCGCCGAGCUCCCGCUGCUCCUCGCGCGUCCGGCCCCCGGCGCCGCCCGGCGGGUCCCCGCGCCGCCGCCGCUCCCGUGGGAACGCGGAGCCGGGCGCCGAGUGGCCGCUGCAGAGCCGCGAGGGAGCCGUGGGCGCCCCGCACCGGGACCCGCCGGGCCGGGGGCGGGGCCGGGGCGCCGAGCACCCACACCCCGCAGGCUUCGGCCUCCGCCUCCCGAGGCCCAGGCUGAUUGCACACGCGCAGUAA